CAAAAUGAUUUGUUAAUUUUUGUUUUUUAUACAGAAUCCCAACAGAUUUUAAAAGUAUCAGUCAUUAUUGCAGUAUAAGUUUUAUUACUUUUAUCUGCUAAAGUCUGUCGCGGAGUCUGACCAUGCUGCAUCAUCAACGAAAUUUUUUGUUUGAUUUUUGAUUCCAUUUUGGUCGAUUGUUUUUUUGGUUAUUCCUGGUUCUAUAAGUUCUGUAGCACUUACAAGAUCAAGUGUACAGUUUAUUUCGUAUACUCACCUUUGCAUAAAAUUCAAUUAAAACAUUCGGUGAUUUGUCAAAGUUGAGUGAUCUUCACUUCAAAACAAGGGCGUUCUGUAGGUAAAACACCAAUGGAGGAUUUUUGCAAUGGUUCAUCCCAGUCACGGGUAGUGCUUGCAAAGCCUCGUUUGGGGGGUAUCGGCUCCUCUGGGUUUGGUUCCAGUUCUUCUUCGGGUUCCAGCAAAAGCUGCAAUCCAAUUGGUUCAGUAUUACGUCCACCCCAGUUGAAGCCAGGCAACAACCCAUUCCUCAAAGCCACUGAGCCAUCAGAAGACUCUGAACCCAAAACUGAACCAGAAAACUCCACAAAAGAGACAAAGGAAGAUAUUCCCAAGUUCGUGCCAUUGGGUUCUUCAAAUGUUACUCCAAGGACAGCUAAUCCUGUGCCAGCACCAGCACAGCCAGCGAGUUCAUCUUCUAGUUUUGUCUUUGGUCAAAAUUUGAGUGAAAGAGUGGUCAUUAAUGAGAAUUUAAACAAUGGGGAAGCCUCCUCGUCGGAACAUAGCUCAACAAAUGGCACCUCGGAGUUAUUGUUCACCAGUGCCGCUGCAUCUGUUAAGGACAAUGUACAAGAGAGCCGCAGCGGCGACAGCGCGGCGGGGCUGGCGCGCGCGGCGGCGGAGUACGAGCGCUCGCACGCGGCGCCGCCGCCGCCCGCCGCCGCGCCCACCGCCACCGGCGAGGAGGACGAGACCAACGUCGCCCAGAUCUCAUGCCGGCUGUUCGCGUGGGAAAGCGGAAGUUGGCGAGAGCGCGGCCGCGGCGUGUUACGGCUGAACGACUCCACCAACGGCGGGCCUCCGCGCCUCGUCGCCCGCGUGGCCGGCUCCCUGCGCGUGGCGCUCAACACCAGGGUGUGGCCCGCCAUGGUGGUGGAGAGGGCCGCGGCUAAGUCCCUCAGGAUAACCGCGGCUGACUCGCAGAAUCAGAUCAAAUUGUUCCUCAUUAUGGGUGCGCCAGUAGACAUCGCGCAUCUACAUAGAGCUUUACAAACGCGGAUCGCGAUCAGCAAGAGGACGAGCUCAGAAUUCAGUUCGCAGAAAGCGGAGUCGCGCCUUGAGCCCGAACAGGACUACCCCGACAGCGGCGGCCUGCCGCACGACGACCACACGAGUGACCAGAUCAGUGACCACAAUAGUGAUGCUACUAGUGAUGCUGCCGGAGACGCAGCAGGCAACGACAGACUAACCGAUGAACAAAAGACUGACGAAACCAUAGACACCACAGAUAAAGAAUCAAAGACACUAAAACGGAAAGAACCCGCUGGCGACGAAACAUCACCCAAGAGACAGUGCCCUGAAAUUGUAAUCGAGUGAUAACAGUGUAAAAAUAAGUGUAAAUGAGGACAUGGUCUUAUUUUAUUGAAGCUCUGGGUCAUUUGUAAAUGAGAAAGUGUAGAAAUAUUUAUAAUUAAAUUUAAUAUAGCAUAAUGCAACAUUGUUGAUUAUUAUUAUUGAGGGGUCCAUAAUAGCAAUAUUUUAUCAUACAAGCAACCCAGAUAAAGUAAAUUGUCUUUCUUUCGGUAUCUUCUCAAAUUGUAGGGUUUAUGCAAUUAUUAAAGUUUGUCUCAAUGGGGGAUCCUUUUCUCAGAUCAGAUUUAUAAAAUUGGACCUUAUUUUUACCUUAUUAUUACGUGCUAAAAAAGGACAUGUAACAUGUUCUCACAGAUAUUAGGAUAUUAUUAUAUGUAAUGUUAUAUCUGUGCAUGUUCAGUACUCCAACAAGUGUGUAUUAUAUAACUAUUUUUAAUUUGUGAAAUAUUUCUUUACAUUUGAAAUAUUUCUUUCAAUUCUUCAGAUUCACAUAAUAUUUUUGUCGGUUAUUAUCACUGCUGUAUUUAUUUUAGAAUAUAUUUGGCCAGCAGAUGUAAUUUUCACAUUCCAAUUUUGCAAGUGAACGCUUCGCAAACGGGAUCGGCCGGAGUUGAAUACCAAAUGCUAUUGUGGUUUAUUUCCAAUAUGUCAAUAAACAUAAUUUUGUAGUACAUAA